AACAGCCUCUCUGAGACUCUGAAUGAGACGUCUUAAUGACUCCAGUUGUGAAAACUUAAAGGAGGGGAGGAUGUGAGCUUUGAUCUGAGGGUGGGAGGACCCUCUUUAAAAACAGACCGCCUGUGAGGAGGGGGGAUCAGUCAGGACUCCCCCAGCACCACCAGCAGAGCCUUCCAUCCUGCUGGUCUGGACUCAACUUUUUAAAGGAUUUACUGAAACACUGGAGCACGGUGCAGCAGCCAUGAGAGGAAGCUUCUCCAUCGAGUGGAUGGCUCAGAGCAGCCAGCCCGCAGGGACAGAGAGGAGAGGGUCCGGACCCACGACCUGCGGGACCCAUGCAGAGAGUCUGCCCGGUUUCUACGGCAGGCAGAGAUCUCCAGUUUUACCUGAACAGGAGAGCCGGAGCCAUCGGAGCGCGGAGGAGUUCAGACUGAGCUCAACACAGCAACAAAUCUCUCAGAACAACCAAGUGUCCGAGGCCGGUUUCAGCAGCGGAACAGAGGAGGAGACGUCCGGCUACGAGAGUGAAGGGGGUCAUUCCGUCUCCCCCUUAGUCCCCGGAGACUGCGCCUCCUCCUCCCCCUCCCCCUCCUCCUCCCCCUCCUCCUCCUGCCCGCCGUCGCCCCCUUCAGGCAGGAGGCCCCGCACGGCGUUCACGGCGGAGCAGAUCAGCAGCAUGGAGCGAGCGUUCAAGAGAAACGCCUACCUGGGAACUCAGGACAAGGCGGAGCUGUGCAAGAAGCUCAACCUGUCUGACAAACAGAUCAGGAACUGGUUCCAGAACAGGCGCAUGAAGCUGAAGCGCACGGUGCAGGACGCCCUGGCUCACGCCUGUCAGGCAAACGUGGCCUCUCAGCUGAUGCAUUACCCCGAGCUGCAGGCGUACAGGCCGGGGCCGUACCCGAGGUAUCACCCCGCAGCAGCAGCAGCUGGAGGAGGAGGAGGAGGAGGAGGAGGAGGACAGGAGGGGCCGGCUGCAGCCUCCUACAUCCACCCACACCACAGCCUGCAGUACGCCUCGCCUCUGCCCGGCGUCCCCUCCCUGCCCCUGGACUCUUUUUACCAGUACAGCGGCCUCCCCGGGGUCAUGCUGUCCUCGGCAACGACUCCUCUCAUGACCUCCUACUCGACUUAUCCUCAGUACUACUGAACCUUGAAGGAGGUGGAGAAGAAGAAAACAAAGCUUACAGGGUGGGUGUGCAAUAAAGUGAUUUCUGCGUGUAUCUCGACUUGUAACUGCUGUAUAGUUUGGAUUUAUUUAAAAUGAAUUUAUUUGAAUUGUGUUGUGAAGUUGCUGUGAAAUAAGAUUGUUAAAAAAUAAAAUCUUUAUUAAAACUUUA